AUGCGCCUAAAAACUCUGCAAUCAAGUGUGGCCCGGCACUCAGAUGCGGUUUGUGCUGUGGGUUGGUCAUCGAGUGAUGAAAUGGUCUCCUGUUCGGAUGAUCACACGUUUCUCAAAUGGAAUCUCGUCACAAUGGAGGCAACAAAAGUCACCAAUUUGGCUGACACUACCUUUCCCACCUCGAUGUCUUGGUUUCCGCGUUCGUUGACAAGAGGCGGAAAUGAUGUUUUAGCGUUGACCUCAUCGGAUGGAAAACUGCACUUGAUCACUCGUAACGGGAAAAUCGAGAAAACCGUCGACGCGCAUCGGGGAGCGGCGUUGAGUGCAAAAUGGAGCCACGACGGGACUGGGCUGAUCACUUGUGGCGAGGAUGGCGCGGUAAAGAUGUGGUCACGGCAGGCGAUGCUUCGGAGUGUUCUCGCGCAGUUCGCCUCGCCGAUCUAUUCGGCUGUUUGGGAUGGAAGUGCGUCGAGAGUGUUGUACGCAUCCGAGGACACUUGCUAUAUUAAAGCGUUGAAGACACAGGUGUCUCCAAUCAAAUGGAAAGCCCAUGACGGUGUGAUCACAUGUUUGGAUUGGAGUGCAGCGAGUGAUCUGAUCAUCACCGGCGGAGAAGACGGGAAAUUCAAGGUCUGGGAUUCAUUCGGCCGAGUUCUAUUCACGUCGGCGAGCCACGAGACACCGAUCACUUCACUAGCUUUCUCCCCGGAUGGAUCGCUCUUUGUGAUUGGAUCGUUCAACUUGCUGCGGCUUUGUGAUCGAGCUGGAUGGUCUCACAGCGUUGAGCGUCUCGAUUGUGGAUCGGUGAUGGCGGUGGGAUGGAGUCCCGAUGGGACACAAUUGGUGGCCGGGGGAAGUCAUGGACAUGUCGUCCAUGCACAUCUCAUUGAACAGCGAACCUCCUACCGUAACCUGGACAUCACGCAAACGAAAACGAAUCUCAUUGAAGUGCGGGAUAUGACGAGUGAGGUGGCCAGGGAGAAGCUGGACACAAGGGAUCGGAUCACGAAAUUCUCAGUGGCGCACGAUCAUUUGGUGGUGUUGACGAGUAAACAGAUCUACAUCUUCAGCUCGAAGAACUGGAACACACCGAUCAUUGUCGAUUUGAAAGAGGGAAACGUCUCGUUGUUGAUACAAACGGAAAAACUAUUCGUGGUGAGCGACGGUGGCUCGUUGUACUCUUACAGCUACGAGGGACGAUACAUUUGUGAGAUCAAAGUACCCGGCACUGGGGGAAGUUUCAACGAAUCGAACACAGCUCUAUCGAAUGAUACGAUUGUGGUGAGAGAUCGAAAUGAUUAUACAAAGGUGCACCUAUUCGAUCCGAACACUGGGAAAGUGCAGGGUGAUGGGAUGAUCACGCAUACGUCUGAUAUCGAAUGCGUUCGUGUCUCGCAAAGCGGUGCGCUCAACGCAAGAGUGAUCGCUUUCACUGAUUCAUCUACUUCCGUUUAUGUUUCACUCGUGAACUCGUUUGGAACAACGCCAAGGACUGCGAAAAUUGGUUGGAAUCUUUUUCGUUCAUUUUCUACU